AUGCGAGUUACACUCUUUCUGGCUGGCUGUGCAGUCGCCAGCGCGUCUAACACCAUUUCCGCUCGAGACGCCCGCGCUACGAAGUCUUCCUUCGAAACCCAAUGCGCGUCGUUUCAGCAUAAACUCAAAAUACCAAAUGCUGUUGUGCAUUCAGUGACUCAUGUUCCGGCAGGGGCAAAUAUCUCCAUGGCCAACAACCCUACUGUCUGUGCUUCAGAUGGAACGGGCGCCACCAGUAGCCCUUUUGAAUUCUGUCGUGUUGCGCUGAAUGUGACGACCUCGGCCAAAAGCCAGAUCUUCAUGGAAGCCUGGCUGCCAAGCAACUACUCCGAGCGGUUCCUUAGUACCGGAAACGGAGGUCUUGGGGGAUGCAUUCAAUAUUCCGACAUGAUCUAUGCCGCGCAGUAUGGAUUUGCUACUGUGGGAACUAACAAUGGCCAUUUCGGCGACACUGGUGUUUACUUCUAUCACAACGACGAAGUACUAGAGGACUUUGCUUACCGAGCCCUCCACACUGGCGUUGUGGUGGGAAAAUCAAUCACUCAGCAAUUUUAUACCAAGGGCUUCAAGAAGUCGUACUACCUAGGCUGCUCAACGGGUGGUCGCCAAGGAUGGAAGUCAGUGCAGAAAUUCCCAGACGACUUCGAUGGCGUGGUUGCUGGGGCACCUGCGUUUAACUUUGUCAACCUUUGCAGCUGGGGUGCUCGAUUCUUCCCGACGACAGGAAAUUCCAGCGCAGACACAUUCUUGACUACCGCUCAGUGGGGUCUUGUGCACACUGAGAUUUUGCGUCAAUGCGAUGACCUAGAUGGUGCCGCAGACGGAGUUAUCGAGGACCCUGAUCUAUGCAAUCCCGUGUUUGAGACUUUGCUUUGCAACUCGACUGAAAGUAAUACCUCCGGUUCAUGCCUUACUGGAAAGCAAGUGAAUUCAGUCAAUAUCAUAUUCAGCCCGCUCUAUGGUAAAGAUGGCCAAUGGUUGUACCCUCGAAUGCAGCCUGGGUCGGAACAAACGGCAGCGUUUGUUUAUUACGACGGUCAACCGUUCGCUUACGCCGAGGACUGGUACCGCUAUGUCGUAUACAACAACCCCAAGUGGGACCCAACUUUAUGGACAGUCAAUGACGCCGUGGUCGCAGAUGCCCAGGAUCCUUUUGAGAUUUCGACCUUCAAGGGUGACAUUUCAGCAUUCCAGAAGACUGGAGGCAAGGUGCUGCAUUACCACGGACUUGAAGAUCCCAUUAUCACAUCCGAAAGCUCGAAGUACUAUUAUAAGCACGUUGCCGACACGAUGAGCCUCAGUCCGUCGGAAUUGGAUGACUUUUAUCGGUUCUUCCCUAUUAGCGGAAUGAGCCAUUGUUCGCCCGGUGCCGGCGCUGGUUCUAUUGGUCAGGGUAGUAGUACUUUUGUUAACAAUACACCAGAAGAUAAUGUUCUGCUUGCAAUGGUCCAAUGGGUGGAGAAGGGAAUUGCCCCGGAGCAUGUGCGUGGCACCAAGUUCAACGGCACCACUGUCGAAUAUCGUCGCUUGCACUGCAAAUAUCCCAAGCAUAAUAAGUAUGUUGGCCCGGGCCCUUAUGAAGAUGAAAGUGCCUGGAAAUGUGUUUGA